AAGUUUUAAACGCUGAUUCGAAAUAUGAUAUUGGUUUUGUGAAAAAAUUGAAAUUUGAUUGUGAAAACGUUAACUUACAGCUAUUUUUCGCUGAGAAAAAUGCCUAUAACUUUUGAAGGAAAAACCAUCAGCCCGGAUCCUUUUCAGCUUUUUACAACCUCGAUAUCCUCUAUCGAUCGACGUAUGAAUGAAUGAAAACGGAGGGGUACAUGUCCAUAGGUUUCCUCGUAAGCGGAGUAAUCGACAAAUGAUUCAAAAUGACCCCUAAGAAAACUCCAAGGCUGUCUUGUAGAAAAGGAAUCUGUAGACAGACAUUAGGAAGAGCCUUCGUCUUGUUGUAGGAGAGUAGCCUAGCUAAUAAGAAAUGCAAAAACGCAUGUAUCGUUGUGGAUUUCUGGAGUAAAAAAAUACCUCUCAUUCUUAACAAGACGCUCAAUCCAGUACAGUUAAAAACAGACGGUGAUUUUUCGAAAUUCUGAAAAACCUUUCUAAUUUACUCUAUUGUAGCUGAUGACACCACACAUAUGUAUUCAAUUGGAUUAUCAAUCGAAAGUGAUAUUAUGCUUCAUGAAAAUGCACAAUUUAACCAGAAUAUCAGUGAUUUGAAUCAUAGUGAGUUUAGUACUGAUGUUAUUUCUGGGACAGAGGAGGAAGAAGAAGCCGAUCAAUCAGAAUAUCAGUCAACAACAAGAAAAGUAAAUCCAGCCGUCACAACAACAAGAAAAGUAAAUACAGCCGUCACAACAGCAGGCACUCAAGGUACAGGAGGAUGGGGGGACUUAGAAGAUAUGAAUCCGAAGAAUACAAAUGAAGACGAUGAUAAUUCUGAUACAGCUCCAAAUGUACCAAAAACAACUCCAUUAAGCUUGUACUCCUCAAAUUUAAAGCCAGAAGAAGCCGAUUUUUUGAACAAUCUUGAAUUACCAGAAUUUUCUGCAAUAAUUGCAUCCAAGCUUAAAGAAGGUGUGAUUGGAGCAAUUUUCAAUUUUAAUAUUUCAACGUCUGGUUUUUCUAUUACAAAAUCUGUACCACCACCUGAUAUUACAGUUAAUUUUGAAGAGGAACACGAUAAGAUGAUCAAGUGUCUCGAAGACGGAACAAUCAACGAUGAAACAAAAUUAGCAUUAAUGUCGACUUUUGAUAAUCGUCGAGAUCUGAUUGUCAUGGAAUUUGAACUAAUCCGAAAAAUGAAUGCUGAUCAAAUUGAAACAAAAAUUACAGCGUUUUUAAAUCGCUUAGCUGAUUUUUUCGAAAAAGAUGCAUCAACCGAAGAUGUAUUCAAAGAUGACAUAAUUGCGAUGUGUGAUAAAAAAAGAAUACAUCCUUAUAUCCUUGCCAUUGAUAAUGUUGAUUACCUGAUUUGUUAUUCGGACAAUGUAUUGAUGGCUAACAUCGAAAGCGUUGAACAAGCUGUUGUUAUUCUGCUGGCAUUUUAUGCUGUUUUUAAAUGCAGUUGUGAAUCAGCAUAUCGUGGUAAUUUAUCAUUAAUACAGAUAGCUACGUGUGAUAUGCCAGCAGAACGUAAACAGCUGUUAAACAAAUCAACUAAUUAUGUCAGACAAUUUAUUGCACAUUUGUACUAG